AUGGCUGAACAAGCUCCAGUCGAUGUGGCUCCAGUAGCUGAGGCGGAACCAAUCUACUACUUCAAAUUGGGAUCAUGUGAUGAUAAAGAAGUGAAAAUCUCGUCUGAAGCCAUCAAACAAUCGAAAACUCUCAACGAUCUCGUCUCGAAUCUUCAAUACAACGCAGAAGAGGGGGAAUCAACUGAGGUUAUCCCAAUGGACAACAUCAAGGAACCCACACUCGUCAAAGUUAGGGACUGGUGUGAGAAGCACAAAGGAGAGCCGAUCCCAGUGGACGAUGAGAGUGUCCCAAAGAAUGUGACUAUCCCGGAAUGGGAUGAAGAGUUUCUCAAAAUCGAUAAUGACGAGCUCUUUCACUUGAUUCUGGCUGCUAACUAUCUUGACAUUAAGCAACUCUUGAACUACGCUUGCAAGAAGGUUGCUCUUAUGGCUAAGGGAAAGUCACCGGAAGAGCUUCGUGCUAUCUUCGCAAUUCCAACUGAUGAGGAAGAUGAGGCUGCGGAGAAGGCGGCUGCUGAGAAGAAGAAGGCUAAGGAAGCUGAAAAAGCUGCUGCGGCGGCUGCUGGAGAGGCUGGACCAUCUGAUGCUGCUGCUGCCAACUGA